AUGCUCCGAAUUUCACACGGAUCCUUAUGUCUGUGGCGCAGGUUUAACGUGGGGAAGAGGUGGAUCUUCAAUCUUCAAGGAGAGGCGGUGCUUCUGAUUCUGCGGGUUAGCAGGGAGUUUGAAUUGCUUAGGUUCCUUCGGCUGUUAGCUUCGGUGGAGAGCCGUGAGUGGGUGUUGUGGUUGCUUGCUUCGGCAGUGCUUGAUUUCAUUCUGCAAGACUCCUUUGUUGUUUUUUGUAGGCUGUGCACGUGGGUUGCCGUUCGGCAGUGUCUUUGUGCUGAGGUGUAUGUCAUCAAGCUUUGUUGCUUCGGCAGAGUUUGUGAGGGCUUUUCGCUGGGCUUGCUUCUGCAGCUGAAUCGGCAAAGAGGUUGGGCAUGUGAUAUGCUUUGGUAUGGUGAUUCUGGAAAUAUAAGACAGCUUCAUUAUUGUAUGCUGGAAGGUGUUUACGUGAGCGCUUGCUGCACAUUCGGCAAGAUGCUUGCCGAACGAUCAAUUGGAGGUCUAAGCAUAUCACUUGGCUCAAUCCUAUCCUAUCGAAAGGUAGGAUUUGUGUCGUUGAGAAGGUGGUUCCUAGAUGAGUCAUGCCCAACGUUACCGUUCGGCAAUUUUAGAAGUUCUGAUAGGAGACCACACCUUAUGGUGGCUUCCUUCCAGGAUUUGAGUCUUUUAUCAAUUGGAGGUCUAAGCAUAUCACUUGGCUCAAUCAUAUCCUAUCGAAAGGAGACCACACCUUAUGGUGAUGAAGAUGACAUGUGCGAUACCUCCUUGGGUGUCUUGAGAAAUUUUCCAACAAGUAGAUGUGGUUUUGACAGAUUAGUAAGAGUAGUGAUUGGUGACAGAUGUUGGCCAUGCAAGCAUUCCUCAAUAAAAGCCAAGAGAGAUGCAAUUGCAGAUGAGGUGGUGUUUGGUGAUUUGCAUGAGAUUUGCUUCAGAUGUAGCUUGUCUAAGAUACUUGGAUUUGGUUGUGCCGAAAAGGGUUUGGGCAUUGGGUGUUGUACAGCACUUGCAACUAGUUGUUUGUCUCCUGGGGAGAACGACAGAAGCCUUUUGAGGGUUGAGGUUGAUGGAUUACCUUCAUGGAUUUUGGAGGCGUGGGAACUUGUUCCGAGCUUUGUUUCACUUAAGGAUAUCGCCGGAGGGUUACAGCUUGAAGAUAGGAACGCUGCAGUGUAG